AUGCCUCCUCCACAGUCACAGCAGGUACUGAAACCAAAUAAACUCGUCACCGACGACUUUCAAAGCGAUGAUAACAGUCUUGUGAUGAUGAACCCCAAGCGCAUGGAGGAGUUGAACAUAUUUCGUGGAGACACAGUGACGAUCAAGGGCAAGAAACAUCGUUCCACCAUUUGCAUAGCCAUGGAAGACGAGGAAUGCCCCGAAGCGAAGAUUAAAAUCAACAAAGUAACACGUCGUAACAUUCGCUGCCAUCUUGGAGAUACCGUGCAUGUCAGCAGCUGCACAAACGUGCCGUACGGUAACCGUGUUCAUAUUCUCCCAAUCGACGACACCGUGAAGAACCUGACAGGUGACCUCUUUGAGACAUUUUUGAAGCCGUACUUUUUGGAGGCCUACCGUCCUGUAAAGAAGGGUGAUUUGUUUGUCUGCCGUGGUGCAAUGCGCUCGGUAGAAUUUAAGGUGGUGGAAGUAGACCCGGGGGAGUUCUGUAUUGUCUCCCCAGACACUGUAAUUCACUGCGAGGGUGAUCCGAUCCGCCGUGAAGAUGAGGAACGCCUUGAUGACGUGGGAUAUGACGAUAUCGGUGGCUGCCGAAAGCAGUUGGUGCAAAUUCGCGAGAUGGUAGAGCUUCCCAUUCGUCAUCCGGAGCUAUUUAAGAACAUUGGCAUCAAACCACCACGUGGCAUCCUUCUGUAUGGCCCACCCGGUAGUGGAAAGACACUUAUCGCCCGUGCGGUCGCAAAUGAAACAGGUGCAUUCUUUUUCUUGAUUAAUGGCCCUGAGAUCAUGAGCAAAAUGGCAGGUGAGUCUGAAGGAAACCUCCGCAAGGCAUUUGAGGAAGCGGAGAAGAAUGCCCCGUCUAUUGUUUUUAUUGACGAGAUUGACUCCAUUGCCCCAAAACGUGAGAAGGCUCAGGGUGAGGUGGAGAAGCGCAUCGUGUCCCAGCUCCUGACCCUUAUGGACGGAUUGAAGACACGCUCUCAAGUUAUUGUAAUGGCGGCAACAAAUCGACCAAAUUCCAUUGACCCCGCACUCCGUCGCUUUGGUCGUUUUGAUCGUGAGAUCGACAUUGGUGUACCAGAUGACAUUGGACGUCUGGAAAUUCUUCGCAUUCACACCAAAAAUAUGAAACUUGACCCCGGUGUUGAUGUGGAAAAGAUAGCAAAAGACAGUCAUGGCUAUGUGGGUGCGGAUCUUGCACAACUCUGCACUGAAGCUGCCAUGCAAUGUGUCCGGGAGAAGAUGUCUGUUAUUGACUGGGAUGAUGAUACGAUUGAUGCUGAGGUGCUCGACUCCAUGGCGGUUACAAACGAACACUUCCGUGAUGCCUUAACAAAGACCAACCCCUCUGCCCUUCGUGAGACGCAUGUGGAAACACCUCAUGUUACAUGGAGCGAUGUGGGUGGUCUUUUGGAUGUCAAGAGAGAAUUGCAGGAGCUGGUGCAAUACCCUGUGGAAUUCCCGUGGAAGUUUGAAAAGUAUGGUAUGUCACCACCAAAGGGAGUUCUCUUUUAUGGUCCCCCCGGUUGUGGCAAGACACUUCUGGCGAAGGCGAUUGCCACCGAGUGUCAGGCAAACUUUAUAUCCAUUAAGGGACCAGAAUUGUUAACGAUGUGGUUCGGGGAAUCGGAGGCAAAUGUACGUGAUGUUUUUGACAAGGCACGCGCAGCCGCUCCUUGUGUGCUCUUUUUUGAUGAAUUGGAUUCAGUGGCGAGGGCACGUGGAAGCCAUGGUGACGGGGGCGCCAGUGAUCGUGUGAUUAACCAAAUUCUCACAGAAAUGGAUGGUAUGAAUUCAAAGAAAAACGUCUUUAUUAUUGGAGCAACAAACCGUCCUGAUGUCUUGGAUCCCGCUAUUAUGCGUCCAGGUCGACUGGAUCAACUCAUCUACAUUCCGCUGCCAGAUAAGGCGUCGCGUGUGGCUAUUAUCAAGGCCAAUUUCCGUAAGUCGCCUCUUUCUGCAGAUGUGGAUGUCGACAAAAUUGCGGCUGCAACUCAUGGCUUCUCUGGCGCUGACCUUGCGGGUAUUUGCCAACGGGCUUGCAAGAUGGCAAUUCGUGAAUCGAUUGUGAAAGAGAUUCAAAUUGAGCAGAUGAAACGAGAUGGUACUCUUGACAGUGACCAAGACAUUGACCCCGUCCCUGAGAUUACACGUCUUCACGUAGAAGAAGCCAUGCGUGGGGCACGUCGUUCUGUCAGCGAUGCCGACAUUCGGAAGUAUGAGCUGUUUGCCACCUCAAUUCAUCAGUCGCGUGCACUUGGCGACAACCCCAUUGCCGGUGCCGACGGUGGCGGCGGAGGUGCAGGCAACGCCGGUGAUGAUGACCUCUACAGCUAA